GCCAGCCAGGCAGCCAACGACAUCAACGAACCGCAAGCACCAAGAUACAACUCUCUCGACUCGAAGCGCGGUGUGACGUUCCACUCGUUUGGCGAGAAGAAAAAGGUUGCUCUGUCAAAAAUUUCUGUGUGCUUUGGUGCUGUUUGGGUGCCUGCUCGUCAAUUUCGGUGAAAAAAAGUUCCACCUACCUCGACACUCCGAUUUGAGUUCGAUCGGCAACACGACCUGAUAAGGAUGGCCCUGGUGUGCGAUUUGAAGAUGCUGCUGGCCUGCCGCGGUGCCUUUGGUCAGAUUAGAAAUAUCCAUCUGGCUGCCGCCAACAAUGCCGCGGCCAAGAAGGUCAAGAAGUUCCAGAUCUACCGUUGGAAUCCGGAUAAACCCGAACAGAAGCCGUACAACCAGACCUACGAGGUGGAUCUGAAUGCCUGUGGUCCGAUGGUGCUGGACGCCUUGAUUAAGAUCAAGAACGAAAUCGACCCAACGUUGACGUUCCGUCGGUCGUGCCGCGAGGGUAUUUGCGGUUCGUGUGCCAUGAAUAUCGGGGGCACAAACACGUUGGCAUGCAUCAGCAAGAUCGAUGCCGACAAUCUGGACAAGCCGACCAAGGUGUAUCCGUUGCCGCAUAUGUACGUGGUGAAGGAUUUGGUUCCGGAUAUGAACAACUUCUACAACCAGUAUCGCUCGAUCCAGCCGUGGCUGCAGCGCAAGAACGAAGCCGGCGAGAAGAAGGGUGACGCCCAGUACCUCCAGUCGGUGGACGACCGCGCCAAGCUGGACGGUCUGUACGAGUGCAUCCUGUGCGCGUGCUGUUCGACCUCGUGUCCCUCGUACUGGUGGAACGGCGACAAGUAUCUGGGCCCGGCCGUGCUCAUGCAAGCCUACCGUUGGAUCAUCGAUUCCCGUGACGAAUCGACUGCUGCCCGUUUGGACAAGCUGAAGGAUCCGUUCAGCGUGUACCGGUGCCACACCAUCAUGAAUUGCACUCGGACCUGCCCGAAGGGUCUGAACCCGGGUAAGGCGAUCGCCGAGAUCAAGAAACUGCUGUCCGGUAUCGCCAAGAAGGACGCUCCCGGACUGGAAACGGCCGCCUUGCACAGUAAGUAAGUUGGAUCUCUUGGGAUGCGGUUGUGCAGCAGAUGAAAUGGGAAAUUUUCAGCGAGCAAACUGUGAGUAAAGGUAUUUGAAAAUAAACUGCGGCUUAGAAAUCGAAAGUUCGUACUAGAUCCAGUGCUAAUUUGGAUAACUUAUUUAUGAAUCAUUUGAAAUUUUCGGAUUAACUAUGUACUGUAAUAAAACCAUUGCUUAGGCAGAUUUGAUCUGCUGGAUAUUGAA